UUUUUUUUGGUGGUUGCAUUAUUCACACAGGGGUGUGCAGUUCCUUAUUUCUUUUGACCAUUCUUACAUUUCAUAAUAUGGCUAGUCAAUUCAAGACAGCAACAUUAGAUAAUAUUAAAAGAUUUGCACCUCAUAAACUUUUUGUUCAAAUACCUCCGCAAGUACCCUCUAUUGCUCAUGCUCGAGAAAUAUUUAAAACACUAGGCAAAUAUGGUCCAAUGAUAGAAUAUACGAUUAAAAGAUGCCCUGAAACACAUCGUUAUCUUCAUUAUGGAUUUGUUGUUUAUAAGCAUUCUGAAGAUGCAAACAAAGCGCUUGAAGAUCAGUUUAUUAAAGUACAAUCAGAAUUAUUUGACAAACCUUUUGAAGUUAAAGUUGAAAGAUCAACGAUAAAAAAUGCGAGGAUAAACAAUGAUUAAACAUGUGUAUAUUAUAUUUAUAUAUGAAUAUUUAUAUAAAUAUGUGUAUGUAUAUAUUUAU